AUGCUCUUUAACAAGUGUCUCGAGAAAUUGUCCAGCUCGCUGGGCAAUGUUAUUACUCAAAAACUGCAAGAGAAACACGUCUACACCAAUAAAAACAAUGAUGACUUCAAUAAUCAGCAGCUGCGUAACUUUGAGUACGAGCGAGCCAUCCAGGCUCACUACGGAAGAAAAUCAUCAGCGAAAUUGAGCCCUACUACGACAGCGAAGAAAGGAGUAAGCAAGGAUCAGAAGAAAAAAGAGAUACCCGAUUGCACCAGUUGCAUGACAAAUGAUGAGUUGGCGCUGAUAAUCAAGGGUGUGUCACAAACCAACUUAAUCAAUAAUGAGAAUAACAGCAAACGGUGUACAGGGAAAAACAGCUCAGCGUCAGCAUCUUUGACGCCAUCACCAAGCACCUCAACGGAGUCGCUUCAUAUGAAUCGUAGCGGUGUCGCAUACUAUCCAGCCACGUCCACAUCCUGGUCAGCCUCGCCUCCUCGCUUUAGAGCAUCCAAUCUGUCCAUGAAAGCAUCAGCCAACACGCUUGUAUUCCUCAGUGCCUUGCGUGUGCAGCUAUAUGCCCACAAAUGGUUUCAUGGUAAUCUUUCCGGCAAAGAUGCUGAGAAAUUGAUAUUGGAGCGUGGAAAGACUGGCUCAUUUCUUGUGCGUGAAUCUCAAAGUAAACCUGGGGAUUUUGUGCUCUCGGUUCGUACAGAUGACAAAGUGACGCAUGUCAUGAUUAGAUGGCAGGAUAAAAAGUACGACGUUGGCGGCGGUGAAUCAUUUGCAACCCUAUCGGAGCUAAUCGACCACUACAAGCGCAAUCCCAUGGUGGAGACCUGUGGAACAGUUGUGCAUUUACGACAACCAUUUAACGCGACACGAAUUACUGCCGCAGGUAUUCAUGCGCGUGUCGAGCAGCUGAUGAAGGAAGGCUUCUGGGAGGAGUUUGAGUCUCUGCAACAGGACAGCAGGGACAUAUUCUCACGUAAGGAGGGUUACAAGCAGGAGAACCGCCUUAAGAACCGUUAUCGCAACAUUUUGCCCUAUGAUCAUACGCGUGUCAAGCUGCAAGAUACGGACCGGAACACACCUGGCGCCGAAUACAUCAAUGCCAACUAUAUACGUCAUCCCACCGACAGUGACCAGUAUAGCAUAAGCAGCUCGUCGGAGAGCCUUAAUAGCUCGGUGCCGUCAUGCCCAGCUUGCACGGCGGCACAAACUCAAAAGAACUGCCCCAACUGCCAGCAGCUAAACAAGACAUGCGUCCAAUGUGCAGUAAAAUCGGCGACGCUGCCUUAUAGUAACUGUGCCACCUGCAACCGCAAGUCCGACUCGUUAGGCAAGCACAAACGCAGUGAAUCACUGUCGAUGAAUGGUGGGGCCGCUAGUCUGGGCACGCCUAUAUCUGCGGUGUCUGUGGCUGGUAGUGGCUCCAAUGGUUGUCGGAGCACCUUGGGUGGGCUACCAAAAAAACAUAGUAGCGACGCGGCGAUGGCAGCUGCAGCGACUACGCCGCCGCCUUGCUCGACUACACUCACAUCAGCUGCCCAACCUGGUACCGAGCGCGAUAUGUUUAAAAUGUAUAUUGCAACCCAGGGCUGUUUGACCAACACGGUGACUGAUUUCUGGAACAUGAUCUACCAAGAGAAUACACGCGUCAUUGUGAUGACCACCAAGGAGAUGGAGCGCGGUAAGAACAAGUGCGCCAAGUACUGGCCAGAUGAAGGUCAGUGUAAGCAGUUUGGGCCAGCCCGUAUCCAGUGCACGUCCGAGAACUCAACCAACGACUAUACACUGCGCGAGUUCCUGUUCUCAUGGCGAGAUAAGCCCGAGCGUCGUAUCUACCACUAUCAUUUCCAAGUGUGGCCUGAUCACGGAGUGCCUGCCGACCCAGGUUGCGUGUUGAACUUUUUGCAGGAUGUUAACACGAGGCAGAGCAACUUGGCUCAAGCGGGAGAGAAGCCGGGUCCCAUUUGUGUGCACUGCUCGGCAGGGAUUGGACGCACUGGUACAUUUAUCGUGAUCGACAUGAUACUGGACCAGAUAGUUCGACAUGGAUUGGACACCGAGAUAGAUAUCCAACGCACAAUUCAAAUGGUGCGUUCGCAACGUUCGGGCCUCGUGCAGACAGAGGCGCAGUAUAAGUUCGUCUAUUAUGCAGUACAGCACUACAUUCAAACGCUGAUCGCGUGCAAGCGUGCCGAGGAGCAGAGCCUGCAGGUUGGUCACGAGUACACAAAUAUUAAGUAUGCAGGCGAAAUUGGCAACGAUUCACAAAGAUCUCCAAUACCACCAGCAAUUUCUAGUUUAAGUUUGGUAGCAAGUAAACCAACAACACCAACAGCGACAGCAGCACAAGCGGCACAAGCGGCAUCGACGCCUGUUUUGUCAGUGGGAAACAAACAUGCCACGAAAAUACAACCGCCGUUGCCAUCCACCAGCAACAGUAAUUGCAAUAGCAGCAACAAUGUCGCGUCGAGCAAUACUAUUAGUAGUAGGAACAACAUGCGCAAGUCCAACUAUUACAGUGACUCGUUAUUGGUGAAGCAGCAGUUGCAGCAGCAGCAUUGUAAUGAUCUAAAUACAGGCGGCGCUGCGUCACAGACGCAAGCGCAAGUGCAGUCUCAGCCCAGGCCGGGUUUACUGAAGUUGUUCACCAGUCCCAUAAUCUUUCAGCAAAAUACAAAAACAUUCCCAAAGACAUGAUUAGUGCGAGACAGCCGCAUGCAUAUAUCUCACCUGCGCUGCCGCCACCACCGACACCACCGCGCAAAACAUGACAAAUGAACUUUUAACUUUGAACAUAUGAGAAUCUAAUGUGAACAGUACAGUGAACGUUGACAGAUACUUCGAUUUCUACUUCGACUCUGACUGCGACCCGACUGCAACAGCAACAGUGAGGAUGGUAUUAUUAACUGUAAUAGCACAAGCUACGGUUGCAUCGCUGUUAAUAUUGACUUUCGACACAUUUUACAUUCAUGUCAUAUAUACAUAUAUGUACGUACACGCAAUUUAUUGGGUCAUGUACACAGACACAGAUACAGACAACCUCAUCCACAUCUGCAAUAUUCACACCCUCACAUGCACUUUCUAAUCUUAAACGUCUAAAACACAAGAAAGCGCGCUUUCUUUCUUUAAAUAUUACAGUUUUUAUAAUUUUAAUUUGUAUCGACUCGCUUUAAUUACUAAGCCAGCCCAUCCAAGCAUAAUUCAUUUAUGUACGAGUAUGUAAGUCUUAAAGAGAAAACUAAGAGCUGCUACAGCAAAAUAACAAUAAUAAUAAUAUUACAAAUAUGUUAUGCAUAAUAUGUACGUAUAUGUAACCAGCAGUGAUGUUACCCAAUGAAAUACCAAUUAUGUAAUUACGUUAAUAAGCAACAAACAGGUGUUAAAAUUGGGGCAUUGCCCUACAUGCGCUUUAAACGAGAAUAUUAAUUAUGAGAUGUAUCUUGAAGAUGAUGUAGACGAUGAGAGUUAAUGAGGUAAUGCAAAUGAUAAUGUUCUAGUGUUGUAAGUGUUGACGAAAAGCGUUGAUUGUGAUUUUAAAAAGUGGCGAGCAGUAUGAUGAAUUAGGAGCAUUAAGCAGAAAGAGUAGCGGAAAGAGCAUUGGAGCCGAAGAGGCAAAGAGUUUUAUUGUUAUGGCAUAUGUAUGUAUAUGUAGUAUGUAUGUGUUAGUAAACGGAUAGCUCUCUACCCAUUUUAACAUUGUAAUCGCAAUAAGCAAAAUGCACUUACAUACAUAUACUAUAUGUAUAUAUGUAUGUAGUGUGAAAUUUCAUAUGCCUGAAUCACAGUACGUGAUAACCAAAUGGCUUCCAAAUUAUAAAUGGCAUUCGAAUGAUUAAUAUACUCGUUAAUUUACUUGUUUUAAAAUUUGCAAUUACAACCACUACAUGCACACUUAAUGUAGUAUAUAUACAUAUGUGUGUAUGUACAUAUAUAUGUACAAAUGUAUUUGUUUAUACAAAUGUGCACACAAUAUUGUGUUAUUUUCCAUAUGUAUGUACACACAUACAUAUGUAUAUAACAUUGCUUCUAAGCGGCCAAUAUUGUGUUUUUGUCAAUAGGCUUUUCUUGUUAUAACUGUUUUAUUCAUUUUAGUAUCUUCUCUAUAUUAUUAUUUAAUUAUUACUAUUAUUUUUUGUUCAAGAAGAUCAAAUAAGAGCAGUAACUUAACACCCGUGGUGUUAAAUUAAAUUUGCAAUAAUGAAAGCAGCACUAACUUAGUGAAAAAUAAGAUUACACAUCACAUAUAUGUACAUACAAUACAUACUAUACAUGCUGCAUAUUUGUGCAGUACGAGCUACUUGCGCCUUAUUAAUUCUAUGGAAAUUCAAACAAGAAUAAGUUAUACAUACGUACAUUUUUAAAUACAUACUUAAACCAACAAGAAUGUGUAGUAUAUGCUUUUUAUGCUUUCGCAUAAGUGCUUUAAAUUGUUAUUGAUUGCAAAAUAAGGAAAACAACCAAGUUUUCCAAAAUUCAAAAUAAAAAGCCAUUAAACACU